AUGGAAGAGGCUGUGGAAAUUAUGGAAGUUUUGAAAAUCUACGAAAACGCCUCAGGGCAAUUGGUCAAUCUGGACAAAUCUGCAGUUUUCUUUAGCAAAAACAUGGACAGUGAGCAGAAGGAAGAGGUCUGUCAUGCUCUUGGAGGAAUGGUAGAGGCAAAGCAAGGUAAAUAUUUGGGACUCCCAAUGGUAGUCUCAAGAACUAAAGAUCAGAUUUUUGGAUUUGUGAGGAACAAUAUAAGAAGAAGAUUUCAGAACUGGAAAAACAGAUUUUUGAGCCCAGCAGGUAAAGAAGUAAUGUUGAAGGCAGUUGCAAUGGCUAUGCCUACGUACGUCAUGUCUUGCUUUAAGCUGCCAAGAAGAUUGUGUAAAGAUAUUUGUUCAUUGAUGGCCAACUUUUGGUGGGGAGAAUCUAAUGGCAGGAACAAAAUACACUGGAUUUCUUGGGAAAGAAUGGCAUUGAACAAAAGUGUAGGAGGACUAGGCUUCAAGGACCUUGAAGCAUUUAAUCAAGCUCUGUUAGGAAAGCAAAAGUGUAGGUUACUUACUAAACCAAAUCUGUUGGUUAGUAAGGUGUUGAAAGCCAAAUAUUCUCCAAAGGACUCCAUCUUACAAUGCAGCUCCACCAAAAAUGCAUCCUGGAUUUGGCAAGGAUUAAUGGGAGCAAGAAGUUUGGUCAAUGAAGGACUGAUCAGGAGGAUAGGGAAUGGUCGUAGUACAAGCAUCUAG